AGGCACGCAACAGCACUUGUUCCUCGUGCAUCAUUUUCAUGUCAUGAUUCUGGAAGUUAUUUGAUUGUUUCGUCACACCAAAAAUCCCCAGCAGCACGACGACGUCCUCAUCUUCUUCCAACCCCACCAAGGUCCCUCGGGUGGUGGCAAUGCUGGGUCUCAAAUGGCAUGCCGUUGCUCCUAAUUGUGCUGCACAACAAUUGACAAAUCGACGUGGGUCCUUGGCAUCAAUCAGCACAAUGAGAUGUCAGAGAUAGUUCGAAACGACCAUUCCAAUCAAUAGCUAAUCUUGGCAUUUCGUUUAUUUCAUCACGACCGCAGAAUUGUUUGAUCUUCAAUGAAAUAUCACUCUAUUGUUUGCUCUAAAUUGUUUCAACUUUUAUCAAGGGACACGAUAAAAAUUAGCCCUUCAAGCGCCUAGACCUCCUCCGUCGUUUCGAGGACGACGGUGCCGAAAGAGCAUUGCUUAGAAUAAAUGCGUUAUCGCCGUCGGUUUCCCUUCCAGGACCGUUAUACGGGGCAAGCCGUGCAAGAGCUAGCUGGACGGACUUUGGAAGGGCUUUUUCAAAGGACUCGUCGAGUUUGUCGUUCGUUGUCACCGCAAGGAGCGGCGAUUGCGGCCUGUCCUCUUCCCGUUGGGGGGCGGUGGACUUUCGUGUUGCCGCAUUGUUUCCGGAUUUUGGGGUCCGUUUCGAUUCGAGUGGCCUGUGUUUUCUCCCGGAGAGGGGUUCAAUUCUUGUCACAGUUUUUGCUCUGCGUUGCUCCACUUUUCGCUUCGGAAGAACCUUCUGUUCUACGGUGGAAGGUUUCCUUUUCGGCGCGGUUUUUUCUUUUGGGUUUGGUUGUUUUAUUUUUGGCACGGCCCUUUCUUUUCGAUUCGGUGUUUCGCUGUGAGGCACCAACUUUGUUCUACGAUUCGGCAAUUUGACUCGUUGUUCAGCCAUUUUCUUUCGGUGAGAACCCUUCGCGACUUUAUGGUGAACAUUUCCAUCAGUUUCCGACGAUGCAAUUUUCGAACCAUAGCAGGGAGAGACCUUGGAUGAUACUAAUGAUUGUUUUGGUGAUGCGCCCUUUGUUUUUGGUUUCUUGCUCUUACUGUUUGCAUUCGAAUCAUCCUCCGAUGUGCCCACUGACGGAUUGAAUUUUCGCUUCGAUGCGUGUUUCGAUACUCGGGCGACCUUGGCAGUGACAGAAGAAGAUUUUGAAUUGCCAUCGGAACGUGUUUUUUUGGUAGUGUUUUCCUCCUUCGCGCAGGAUGAAGAUUCAUCUGCUGAGCUGUUUAGUGAGCUUCGAUGACCUUCAUUAUGCCUAGAUAAAUUUCUCUUCUUUGCAAUGGAAUUUCUCCCCUUGUUUAUUUCUUCUUGUUCGCCGUCAGAACUUUCAAUUACAGCAGGUGCUUUCCCACUAAUAUUUCUUCGUGGUGCAUUGGAUUCUUCGCUUACUGCUCUUUUCUUUUUCUGUUCGCGUUUGAUAUCGCGAGCAGUAAUGUUAUUCGAUGGAACUGGCGAAGUGACGACAGCGGAUGCACUAUCGGUAACUCCAUUCUUUUUGCCACGGUUGACUCGAAGCAUGACAUUGACCUUAUCCUCGUAAAUUCCCAUGUUUGACAACAUCACAGACCAAUACUUGUCUCCAAAGGGAUUUUUAAUUCUUUUGCGCGACGAAACGUCGUUCUUCUUGUCUUCCAACAUCUUCAGGUCCUUUAGGAGAUUUACAGAAUGAAUUGCAGAACAAUUGGACCGAAAGUGUUCUUCGUAAAUUUUUUCACUGUAGGUAUCCACUUCGUUCAGCGAUGUUGGAUACCAGAAUGCACGUUGGGUGUUGCUUUUGCCGCCCUUCGUGGCACAAUGGCGACAGCGAAUCCCAAUCUGACUGAUUCGUAUCGACUUCGGUCUUCUUUCGCCACUAACUCCAUUGUCAUUGUCAGUAUAUUUGAUAGUGUUACGCCGAUAGGCUUCAACAUCUGCCAUCUCUGCCUCGAAGAUGACCAAUUGUUGCCGGAGGGCACAUUCAAAUUCCCUCAAAAAGCGUCGAUCCACUUCCUGAAAGACAACAAUAGGGAAAGAAAACCGACACACUGGGGUUAAAACUGUAGUUCCAGAUUCCAAUACAUUCGGGUUUGGAAUGCCUACUACACCACUUUCUGAUGGGCUGCUCCUGAUGGGGCCAAAUCUGUUGCGAACAGGUUGGGCCAAAGUACUUUGUGGCUCAACGGAAGAUGUCAACGUGGGAUUGGUAGCGAUUCCUGCAGCUGUUGCUUCUGCCAGUGAUAUUGUGGCUAGCCGAAGUUGGCGGGCCGUCGCCAUCAUUCCCGCGAGAUCGGUGGAACGAUCAUCGGCGACCAAAGCGUUCGAGUUGAUAAUGCCUUCCGUGGCAGCCUCCAACGGGCCGCUCGUGAUGGGACCAACGCUGCUUUGAGCAACACGGGCCAAAGUAGUCUGUUGCUCGGCGGAAGAAGCCGCUGUGGAGUUGGUAGCGAUUCCCGCAGCUGUUGCUAAUGCCAAUGAUAUCCUAGCAAGCUCGAGUUCGCGAGCCGUCGCCAUCAGUCCCGGACUGCAGGCCCCCGAUCGAUCCAAGAGAGUACCAUGCGUUAUCGUUCGAUUCAACUCCGAUGGUACAACUCCGGCAUGAUUUGUUGCGGUGGGACGAGCAGCGACAUUCUGCGAGAAUGACGGCAAGGAAGCUUUUAAGCCGUGGAUGAUUCGGCAAAAGUCUUCCUCUGUCAUGGGUGUAGGGUUUGUUGCUGUUAUGCCUGAUCCCGACAGCGAUAAAUUUUUGUUCGAAUCAUUGACUACGGAACUUUUUAGCUUCGCAAUAUGGAGAUGCUCCAACGAGGCAGAGGAAGUCGAGAUCGGUGGMAAUCCCAUUGCAUUGCAUAGGGCUUGCGCCUGGUAAUUAGAUUCGGACAAGCCACCAGCCGAGGAUUUGUAUGUGGCGGCCAACACAUCCUCGUGGAAGCAAGUUAGGCCGUUGGUGUUGGGUUUUGGGACACCCAAGGCCCUGCCAAGAGCCUUGUUGCACACUUCUCGAUUCUGCUGUUCCUGUUGCUGCUGCUGUCGGUGCUGCUUCCAUAGCUGUGCCGCAAGUUGUUGCUGGUGUGCCGCUACUAUCGCUACUUGGUGCGCCACCGAAAGCGCAUCGUUUUUGAGCGGUGCCAUCGCUUCGGGAGCAACUUGAAUUCCAGAGGGGGAGAGCAGAACGGCUCCCCCACCGAUAUUCUCACGGUCCACGGAUCCCGGGUCCAUUAAAGGCGUAUUCGGCCCACCCGAAUGUUUGGCGGUGUUUGCUCCAGCCAAUUCCUUUGUCCUUGUGGCGGAGGCAGCCGCAAGCACAAUGGCAUCCUUCUGCCUUACCGACAUCGAUGGCGGUAGGGGGCUGGAGGCUAGUGUUGUUGCGCCGUCCUGUGUGUGGUUCUCAUGCGUGUCGCUUUUCUUCUUUUUGGUAAGCUUGCUUUUGGCGGCAGCUAAGGAAGAUGAUGACUGCGAUGCCCUCAACUCGAGCGUAAACUCGAGCGAGGACCGGAUCAGCUCGGACAUGCGCUCCCUCGAUGGGAAAUCCACCAUUAGAUUCGGAUAAGGCUGGCAGAAUCCCGACAAGGAGCAAUAGAUCUGAUCGACGACUUCGUCUUUGCUGCUGAUGUUGUUCUUCGUUUCCUCGGACGAUUUCGUCAGUUUCUCCGCUGCGGUCUUUUUGGAAUGUGUCGUCGCAUGUGAUGAGUAUUCUGUGGCGUGUUCCUUGAUCAGGCGCUUGAAGAUUACCAGUAUAGAGGGCUUGAGAUCAGUGAGUUUCAGUGGCGGCAAACAAACAUCAUCAUCGGAUGGAGCUGUGGUUGUGGUUGCAAUCGCAGUUUCUAGUAGUGGUCGAUGCCGUUGUUGCUGCGGCUGGUGAAGGUUUAGCAAAUGCUGUUGCAGCUUUUGUGCUUGAAGCUGUUGUACUUGAAGCUGUUGCGCCUGAAGCUUUUGUGCCUGAAGCUGUUGUACUUGAAGCUGUUGCGCUUGAAGCUUUUGAAGCUGCAGCAACUGUUGUUGCUGUAUAUUGUGUUGCAAUAGCUGCUGUAGCCGAAGCUUCUGUGCCGUAGAUAAAAGCGUCGGGUCGAGAACUCCUGCUAGGCCUGUCACUUCACCCAACGUUGUUUGGUACGGAGUUGUGCAUUGGGAAUGGUGGUCCAUUGCAGAGGGGUUGUCGGUGAUUGUGUUCUUCGAAGCGUAGCUAGUAGCUCCGACACUGGCACCGAGGGUGCUGUUUUCACUUACUUUGGGAAUCGAAGGCCGAUGCAGGCCUUGUUGUUGAAGGACCAACGAAGUCUUUGUUUUAUCCAGAAGUCGAGGAUUGACGGACAUGGUGCAUAUGCAUGCAAUCCAACUCCGUUUUCUAGGAUAAUUGGUAGGACGGAAUUAUUUGACGG